CGGGCAAAAUAAUAAACAAGUUGAACAGUCUGGAUGUGAUUGACGUUUGUAUUUUUAUCACAUUGCCAAUUACAGGUAUUUAUAAGCCAUUAUUUAUGUGUUAUUGACAAUGACAAUGAUUGCCUCUGGAGGAUUAACGUUCGACGAUAUACCAGAACUUAACAACUCGUCAGAGGACGAGAGUUUGGAUUACAAAAAAGUACAGACUGGUCAACAUUCGUCUCGAUCCAAUACCUCUGACGACAGCAGUGUGGAGAACAUGGCUGGUGCAAUCCCAAUUAUUAAUGAUAGGGAUUAUAUUAGUAUGGUGAAUAAGAAGAAGAUGGUAAUGAGAGAAAUUAAAAAAAAUGUUAAUUUUCUUAACAGCAGUGACUCUGAGAAAGAAAACGAGGUGUUCAGAGAGGUUGACAAUUGUUAUUAUUGGUGUCAAUAUGGUGUUACUCCUCCUAAUAAUAGAGAAAUCAGAAGAAAUAAACAAAAAGAAAGAACUAUAAAGUUUAGUUCAAACGUUGCCAUUAAAAAAGGAGAUAAAAGAACAUUUCUUAAGAAUCGUUGCUUGUCUAAUAAUGGCAGCACUGCAAACAAUAAACAGAUUCAGUGGCAAAAAGAGAGAGAUUUUAAAAGAAAAGAAAAAUUUCGAGCCGUAAGUGAUGAAGGGAAUAGUGAGGGAGAAUCAUGUAUUCCUCGAUCUACAAAACUUGUUAGAGUGAAUUCUGCAAAAAGUUUAAAAAGUAUACGGAAACAAAAAUCAAUACGAUGUUCAAACAAAGAAGAACUACCUUCCAUUACACCUUCAGUUGUUACAAAAACUAUUAACAUACAACAAAAAACAAAUGAUCCUAAUAAGUCUUCACGGGCACAUUUCUAUAAAUCUUUUUUACUUCUCGUAAAACUUGGUGGUCGUGUUCCUCCUACUCAUAAAAGUUUUGACCAUUCUGUGCAUGAUUCAGAUGACCAAUUUCUACAGGUUGAAUACCCUGAAGUCUUAUGGCUGGAAUUACAAGCAUGGUACAAUGGUCGAAGCAUUGAAGAUCAUGAUAGUUUUCUAGAAGAUGCACGCGCCAAUGCUGAAAAGGUGCUAAACGAAGUGAUAAACUUUAAAUUUACUAAUGAAUUAAAGAGUGGUGAUGGGGAAAGAGGAAUGUCAAACCAAACAGCAUGUGAUUACAAUUACUAUUCUGAUGAUGAAAUUGAAGAAUUUAUUUUGUUUACAUCGUCGAAUGAGCUAACAGCAAGCACACCUGUUUAUGAGAAAAAAGGGUUUGAAAGAACUGAUAAAGAAAUGGAUGCAAAAAAAGAAGCUGUUUGUCCUGGAAGUAAAACGGAUAGUGAAGCUGAUGGUUUAAAAACACCAGAGUCUAAGGAAGUCGAAAAUAAAGUUGUGUCAAUCAAAAUUCAACAAGUAAAUGCAAUGGCUGCCAUUUCUGACCUGAUAAAAAAACUUGAGACUGUAGAGAAUUUAUAUCCUAAUUUAAAGGCGCUAACUAAUGCUUAUCCAAUGUACAAAGAUGUGAAAUUUGUACGUAACCAUGAAGCUAUGCUAUUGUGGUUAAAUAUAUGUAAAGAAAUGUAUCAUAAGUUAUACUUGCUGGCAGAUUGGAUUGAUGUAGAUCCUGAUGAUGUAAUUAAUUGGAAAGACUGGUUUGAUAUGGGACUAGAUUUUCCUUGUGUUAAGACGAACCAGUGCUAUCACAACAACCAUUAUUUCAGCACAAGUGAAUUGCUGGAAAAUUCUGGCAAUCUUAGCUCAUUAUCAAACAAUUAUGCGACCAGAAGAAGCAAGAGAGAUAAACGCAAGAGAAUAUCAAUGCAGCGGCAAUCUUUUAUAGAGAAGACUAGUACUUCAAGAUACCGAACAUUUGUUGAACGAGAAAUCAGAGAUGGGGGUUUGAUAGGGCUGAUAAAACGUCUCAAAAUUAUUUUAUCAACCACAAUGUGGAAAGCAAGAUUCACUUUGGCUGAAAUGUUUGGAAAAGAAAGACAUUCAAUGCUGCAGCAUGAGGGGCAUGCUACUCACUUUGAAGAAGAUUUAAAAAGAGUAAUUGAGCUACUGAUGAAAUUUUCCCGAACAUCAGAACAGGAUUACACGUUCUUUGAUGCCCAUAUAUUUAUCUGUGAAAACAAAUGGGCCAAAGCCAUACAGGAAAUGAAUUUGCCAUCAUUUUUAGACAACUACUUGUUUCUGAUAAGAAUUCCAUUUGAUUUGACGCAAGAGAGUAUUCGCUUUCGUUUGGAUUACAAACCAAAAGUCGAACCUUCUGAACAUAGCAUCCGACAGCUAAUACAAGAAUGUAAAGAAGUUGUUUCUGGUGGAAUACUUGCCAUCAAAUAUUUCCAAGAUAUGACUUUGUCAGUUUUAAAGCUGGAGGAUAAAGAGAAUCGAAAAUUGAUUGAACAGGCUGUAAAUGAGCUAACUGAGGAUUUGAAAAGCAUGCUUAAUGUAUAUUUUGACUACCUUCAAACAUGGUUUAACAUUCUCCAAAAAAUGAAGCAAGCUAGCGAAACAUUAAAAAUUGUUAUGGAAGAAGAAUGGGGGUUUGCUAAAGACAUGUGUCCACAUGUACAAGGUGGGGAAACCAGAGCAGCCUAUAAGUUUUGUAUUUUGGUGUCUAACCUUUUCAAAUCAACUGGACAGUAUCUUGAAAGUGCAGUGGAUGAAUGUUUUUCUACCCAUAAUCCGAAAGAGGAAGAUGGUGGUGCAUCUCAACGCCACAAAAUGUCAAGUGCAUGCAGAGAAUAUAAGGAAGUGUUCAAAGAAGUGCGAGGUAGAGCUAUAAAAGCUCUUGGGUUUGCAAAAUUGUUACAAAAAGACUUGGGGAUUGCUGCAAAUUACUUUAUAACAACAUCAGUUGACAAUGUGUUCCAAGUUUUAAAGGAAUCACAACAUGCAUUGAUGGAAUGCAGUAAUUCUGAUUACUUAAUCUUUCUACCCAACACUCUUGCAAAAGAAAAGAGAGAAUGUAUGCAGCUCAUUAGUUUAACCUAUGGUUAUGAAAGUCUGGAAAGAAAUUCUUUUUGUCCUGGUCGUUAUAUUUUGCUUGUAAAGAAACCUGAUGAUCAUUCUUUUUGGAAAGGACGAAGAAUGACUUUUGAUAUGUCACCAGCAGUGCUUUUAGCAUUGUCAUACAUUGAGAAGGUAGAUGGUGUUACUUUAAUCUGCAGAAAUGCGUAUCAUUUAAAUGCUCAAAGAAAAGAUAUUGAAAAAUUGUUAGGAAAUUGCAUUAGUAUACGGAAUGAGCAAACGUCAAGUCGGGGAUUGAUUGAAAAGUCAUUGUUUCAGAUGAAGGAAGCAGCACAAAAACUUGCUAACAUCAUCACUACAGCUGUGCAACAUGUCAGUGAAAACUUAGAUCUAAGUACUGCCUCUGAAAUGGAUGAAGCAGAUCGAAACUCCAUUCGCAAAACUUGCAUUGAUACAAUGCAUUCAUGUUUUGGUGUUGGUUUCGAGUAUCUUCGAGAAAUGAUACGUCUGUAUCAAGGGCAUAGUCGAAUCAAUUUGUGGCACAUUCUUCUUGACUUUUCAAAACUGUGGAUGAAUUUUGUAAUGACUAAAACAGAACCAGGACAUGGAACACGACCUAGAUGGGCUGCCCAGGGCAUGGAAUUUCUAGUGACUGUUAUUGACCCAAGUAACACUGAAUCAUUGUCAGAGAUAGAAUUUAAGAAAUUAAAGAAUGAAAUGCAGGAUUGUAUAAUUCACAUAAUUGGAACUGCUGCACCACAACGCAAACAGAGACUUAAAGAGCAAAGAAGCAGUAGUCCAUUUUCUUUUCACCGCAGUCGCAGUGUUCCACCAUCUGUGUUCAGAAAGACAGAUGCACUGGAUGGUCCAAAGAGUCCCGAUGUCUCACCAGGAAAUGUUAUUCUGCCUGUAGAUAUAACUAGAUCUAGUAGUUCAAUUGAAACAAGACUAACUGAAAAGCUAAGCAUCCUUGACAGAAGUGAAAACAACAGCAGUUCAGCGAAUUCGACAGUAUCUGAUGCUGAUACACUUGACUCUAUCCCCACAAUAUCAGGUGAAGAUGGUGAAGAAGAUGAACAUGAUAAUUUACCAAUUAUCAGAGUCCGUAGUGCUUUACAGGAAAUUGAUGAACGUCGGACAGCCAAAUUGCAACAUAUGCGUGUCAUUGGAAUUGUUACGAACAAACAAGCUAAUUUUGCUUCACAACUUGUGCAUAUGAAUGUUCGUAGAGUUAAUUUUAAAUGGCAACUGGGGAUUAAAAUUGGUGAGGGGCAAUUUGGAAAAGUUUAUUCAGCUGUAAAUUUAGAUACUGGUGAUUUAAUGGCAGUUAAACAGAUUCGUUUUAACCCACAUGACUAUGGAGCAAUACAAGAGAUUGCUGAUGAGAUCACUAACAUCCAAGCUGUUCAACACGACAGUCUGGUCAAAUACUUUGGUGUGGAAGUUCAUAAGGAUGAAAUGUUAAUAUUCAUGGAAAAUUGUGGUGAUGGAACCAUAGCUGAAGUUGCCAAACUUGGGCUACCUGAAUCAAUUGUGCGUGUUUACACAUAUCAAAUUGUGAAAGCUAUCAACUUUUUACAUCAAAAUGGUAUCAUUCAUAGAGACAUUAAAGGAGCGAAUAUCUUUUUAUCAUCAAGUGGGUUAAUAAAGAUUGGUGAUUUUGGAUCUGCAGUGAAGUUAAAGGAUGCUUUGUGUACCUCUGUAGGGGAAGUUUUUAAUACUCGAGGCACGGCUGCAUUCAUGGCUCCAGAAGUUAUAACACUUGAUAAAGGAAGAGGAUAUGGAAGAGCUGCAGAUAUAUGGAGUUUGGGUUGUGUGGUGAUUGAAAUGACCACUGGAAAGCAACCAUGGUCAGAGUAUGACAACAUUUAUGCAAUAAUGUACAAAGUUGGUGAUGGGCAGCAUCCACUAAUACCUGAGCACUUGAGCGAUGAAGGGAAGCACUUCUUGAAAGUCUGUUUCCUGCAUGAUGCUAAUGAAAGAUGGACAGCUCAUAUGCUGGAGGAUCAUCUAUUUCUUAAGAUACCAACUGCUUGAUCGCUUAACUUGAAAACCCUGAAGAUUCCAGUAAAUAUCAAUGGAUCUUGCGGUAAAGAAGUAGUCAAAGAUGUUAAAUUUAUGAUUAAAAAAAAAAAAAACUCAGAGAUUUGGAAGGCCUGUAAAUAUUGGUUAUGCACUUUAAUUUUCUGAUGUAUUUUCUAUUUUAUCCUUGUUUAAUAUAUGUAUAUUGUGAAUAA